ACGUGGACGAGUGCGCGACGGGCGCGGCGGGCUGCUCGCACGGCUGCGCCAACGAGCCCGGCUCGUUCCGCUGCUGGUGCCCCGACGGGCUGGCGCUGGACGGCGGCGGGCGGGGCUGCGAGGCGCGGCCGGGCGACGCGUGCGAGGCGGCGCGCGCGCUGGAUGCCGGUUGCUCGCACACGUGCGUGCCCGAGGCGGACGCCGCCGCGGCCGGCGGGCCCUUCCGCUGCGAGUGCCCCGCGGGCUUCCGCCUCGGCAGCGACCUGCGCACCUGCGCCGACGUGGACGAGUGCGCGCCCGGCCCCGACGCCGCCCACGCGCGCCACAACUGCUCCGCCCAGCUGCGCCAGCGCUGCGUCAACGACAUCGGCUCCUUCCACUGCGAGUGCGACGACGGGUACGCGUCGGGAGAGGACGAGGGCGCGUGCGAGGACGUGGACGAGUGCGCGGGGCCCGAGGCGUCGCGCUGCUCGCACGCGUGCGUCAACACGGACGGCUCGUUCCGUUGCGCGUGCCCGGCGGGCUUCCGCCUGUUGGGCGACCUGCGCACGUGC